ACGCCUUCGCCGCCUAUAACCGGUACCGGCCACCACCACUAGCUCCCCCGAGGACCACACCCCCCAAGGCCCCAAGCCCACGACGCGCCACGCCACGCCGCCAGCUGUCGCUCUCCCUCGCCCCUCCCCGCUCCUCUCGCCGCCUCGCAAUCAAUGGCGGUGGCGCGGCUGUGCGCGGCGGCCGCCGCCGCCCGGCUGCAGCCGGCGCUCGCCGCGGGCGCCCGCGGCCUCGGGACGGCGGCGGAGGUGGCCGCGGGCGCCAGGUGGGAGCCCAUGGGGGCGCGGGAGUACUACGACUACCGCCGGGCCAUGUACGGCGACAUCACGCACAAGGCCAUCCUCGUCGACGCCGCCGGCACGCUGCUCGCCCCAACCGAGCCCAUGGCGCAGGUGUACAGAACGAUAGGCCAGAAGUAUGGGGUUGAUUACUCCGAGGAUGAGAUUCUGAUGCGGUAUCGCUGGGCGUAUGCGCAGCCUUGGGGUAGAUCACGUCUGAGGUAUGUCAAUGAUGGAAGGCCCUUCUGGCAAUACAUAGUGAGUUCAUCUACUGGCUGCUCAAAUCUAGAGUACUUUGAGGAGCUGUAUCAAUAUUACACAACUGAAAAGGCUUGGCAUCUCUGCGAUCCAGAUGCUGGACGUGUUUUUGAGGCAUUGAGGAAGGCUGGUGUCAAAACAGCUGUCGUGUCCAAUUUUGACACUCGUCUUCGGCCACUUUUACAGGCACUGAAAUGUGACCGCUGGUUUGAUGCAGUUGCUGUAUCUGCUGAGGUCGCAGCAGAAAAGCCAAACCCUACAAUAUUCUUGAAGGCCUGCGAGCUGUUAGGAGUGAAACCAGAAGAAGUCGUGCAUAUUGGUGACGACCGUAGGAAUGAUCUAUGGGGAGCUAGGGAUGCAGGCUGUGAUGCCUGGCUUUGGGGCAGUGAUGUUUACUCCUUCAAGGAGGUUGCGGAGAGGAUCGGGGUUGAGGUAUAGGAAGAAGUCGCUCUCCUGAGCCGCAAGAAGACUCGUCCUUGUACAUAGUGUUAGGGCGUCCUGUACAUAGAGACAAAAUCCUGUGUGCGACUGUGCCAAGGCCUUCUGUAGCAAAUACUGAUGUACAUCUUUGCGUUUGAAUGUUCGUUGCGGCUGUGACCUGCAGAAUAGACCUUUGGAGACCCCUGCAGCAUCUUUCACGUUUCA